UGUAUACUUACAUUUUUUUCUAAACAUUGGAUUGAUUACCAUUCGUUAUUUUAAAGAACUCAUUUGUACUCAUUGAUAUAUUAAUUAAUUAAUAAAAAACCUACAUAAAUGAAUUUCAAAUCGUAUAUACUACAUGCAGUAUUAAAACGCAACGUCUAACACUUGCAAUUUUAUGACCUCAAUGUAAUUUGUAAAACACACGCUAACGACAACGACAUAAAUUUUCACGAUGUAGCAUAAAUUAAGCAAGGAAAAUGAAAUGUUCACUUACCCUAUGGUUGCCGGUAAUUGCGUUUUUGUGGACCUAUCCAGUUCUACAUGGCCACCCAAGCCAGUUACCUGAGAUCAAAGAGGCUACAGAUGAAAAGAGUUCGACGUGUUAUGGUACACUGAAACAGUUCCAGCCGUCAUGUACCCAUCGUCCUGGCACGGUCAUUGGUGUACAAGCGGUUAAAGUCGGUGCUAAGAGAAAGUCAUUAGGCUGCCCGGAUAAUGUUCCUGAUGACGAACCCAGAAACGACACAUGUUGCUCUCCAAACAGCACUACUGACUGUAUCCAAGUCUUUGAUUACAUGAAAUCUUUCAUCCCUGAUAAGUACAAGUUUCACACGCUCUGCUCGGGUUAUCCCGAAUGCUUCAAGUCUGCAGAGACUGUCUGGGCUCAAUCAGAUUGUGGCAAUAAUACAGUAGAGUACAUGAAGUUUACCAACUAUCAGUUCAUGGAAUUUUCCUGCAUUGAAGAGUCCAGAAUUGGAAGUCUUUGUUCCGAUAAUAAAUACAGUGUAUUAGGCAAUGGUUCGGCAUUUUAUUUGCACAGUCCUGAAUAUCCUUACAGAAACAUUUCAGCUGAUAUAGAUAGAUGUAUAUGCCAUGUUCAAGCAUCAUCUAAUAUCAAAGUGUACACUGUAGACUUAAGGCUAUAUGGACAGACACUCAGUAUUGCCGAUUCUGAUAGCUUACAUGUUUAUGAUGAGACAAAUGCUACGAUAUUUAAUGUAACUUCCACAAUAAUGGCUGAAGAAUUAUGGGUAACCUUUAACAACACUUCCAAUGAUAGUGGUGCCUAUGUUUGGGUUGGUUUUGAAGCAAUGAACCUCAGCACUCUAACAAUAAGUUGCAAAGUGUAUGGCGCGGAUGAUACAGACAAUAGCCCCAGUCCGUCAAGUACACCAACUACAAAUAUGGUACCUAUAAAACCAGUCCCACACACCACAGAGAGUCUUAGAUCCUCGACACCAACAGGAGGUUUUGCUCUUGGUGUUAUCAUCGGUAUAACAGUCGGCUUGCUUUGUUUGCUAGUGAUAAUUUUAGUUCCACUAUGUUACUUUUGUAAGCGGAAAACACGAAAUCCGGAUGGAAAGAGAAAACAAUCAUCUUUAAUGCAUGAAGACAAAGAGUCUGAAAUCUCUGGAACAACCCGGAAAUCCUUCUAUACUUCAAGCAGUCCUAUGAAUGAAAAGUUCAAGUCUUCAAAUAUACCGCAAAACAAAGUUGAACCAACACGUUAUAUUGAAGAACAUGGUGGAAUUAGAGCUAAUCCUGUCUUACCAAGCAUUGGACGAUCAACAAGUAGAACCGCAUCCGACAAAAGGAUAGAAGGUACGCGAUAUCUACCUCCGUUAAAACCUUCAACGGUAGAAGUUAUUAAAUCCGUAAACGAAGAAACUGUAACAGAAUAUAAGCGUAAAAAGAAGAGUAAAAAGCACAGAAGUCACAAGCGAAGGCAUGAGGAAGAAAACAAUACACAAGAAUCAGAGACAGACAGAGAACCUAAAACGGCGGCAGUAAAUGGUAACGACACGGAUUUAGAUAAAUACGAAAGAAGGCAUUCGCGGAAAAGAAGACAUCGUAUUCACAGUAAUACCAGUACACAUAACGAUUACAAUGUUCCACAUGAGGAUAACUAAUAUUCGUUCACGGAUGGUUUGAGACGUUUUACUCAGUGUGUGAUGCACAAGUGAACAUCUGACAUUGACAACUGGCAAAAGAGUGAAACCAUACGCAAGAAAUUGUAGGAAAACAAACAGGCCUAUCAGACGGAUCAUCCUGCCUUUUGUCUAGUAUUGCUUUGUAUGAUAUAUACAUGUAUAUGGUCUUUAAAGACGCAAGUGUUGAGCACGCAUUGUACAAAUUGUUACUUCUACAUGAGAGAAGUUCAUUUUUUUAUUUUAAAAUGGAGUGCGAAGGUCGCUUUAAGACUUUGUAUUUAUAAAAAAGAACCACCUUACAUUUAAAAAUGAAAAUCAUUUUCACAAAAUACCGGUAUGGAAAAAUACUAUAUUAAAUGCUUGUUUUGUAUGAAACAACCGAACUAGCAAUAUCUACAUAUGAAAAUUUUAUUUGCUGUCAUAUUUGUUGAAAAAUUAAACUGUAGGUUCUACUUGUUUUUAUUUUUACGAAUAAAGUCUUGUUUGAUCGUAA